AUGAAAAAUAUAAUUUUACCAAUUAUAGAAUAUCUAUUAUCUCUUACUGAUGUAAAAGGUUUGCCAUUAUAUUUGACGCCACGUAAAACUUUUUUAAUAGGAUUUGCUAUUGCAGUAAAAUCUGUUUUUGCUAUGGCUGAAGAUCUCUUCAAUAGUAAUUGCAAUUAUAAAUAUCUUUUAACAUACAAAUGUUCUCAGGAUCAUUUAGAAAUUUUAUUUUCUAAGAUCCGCCAAAGACUUGGUAACAACAACAAUCCUAAUGUUGUUGAGUUAAAAACAUCAUUAAGAAAAAUGUUAUUAAAAAAUGCGAUUUCAUCAUCUUAUGCUGCCAAUUGUAUGGCUUUCGACAAUACAUCAGAAAGCAUUUUUGAAAUACGUUGGCGUAAAAAAUCUAAGGAUUUAUUAAAUACAGAUUCCAGUGAAGAAUCUCUUUCAAAUAUAUCAUUAUUUCAAUCCUUUGAAGGCCAAGAUUUUGAUGUGGUAAAAGAUAAUAUACUUUAUUAUAUAUGCGGUUUUAUUGUGAAAAACCUAAUUAAAAAAAUAGAUUGUUCUACUUGUACAGACAAUUUAUUAGAAAAUAAUUUUAAUGAGCAUAAUUAUAAUCAUAAAUACAAAUAUUCAAUGUUAAUAGAUGUAAAAAAUAGAGGAGGGUUAAUUAAGUGUUCAGAAGCUGUUAUCAAAAUAGUUCGCCAAGACAAAAAAUGCUAUAAUGCUAAAAACGCCGUCUGUUAA